AUAUCGACCGGUAGUCAGUCCCGUGCCAGCAAACAGAAUCUUUCGACUGAAUGAACUACAUGUACAUGUAAGGAGUAGGAUCUCACGUACACGUCGCAAAAGGAUGCCAGAAUAGCUCCUGAACCUACCAAAUUGCCCAAGAUUCCAGGAUUGCCAUGGAGACUGCAGUUGUUGCUGGUAAUGACAAAGGUCAUCCGUGAGGGGUUAGGAAGUCAACAAUUUUUUCAUCUUGUCAACAGUUUGGUUACCACGGCGACGCUCCACCACGCUCCAACAGCGUCCCCAAGUUCCAGGGUUGAAAGAUGGAUGUGCACACUCCACCUCUGCUCUGUGCUGUCGCUUGAGGCGAGACCAGUCAUGCAGCCAAAAUGUUCAAGCAAGUUGCGCUGCUACCUUGUCAACAGUUUGACCGAUGGGGGCACCGGUCCUUGUCCAUCGCUAGGCAGCAGGAUAUCAUUUAAAAAGCUGCAACAGUGAGAUUUUGUGCAGUUGGCUGUCGUUGACCGUCGCUUGCGGCCAGAUGCCACAAGACCGAGGAUGAGCGGCCGCCAAUCCGUAACGGGCCGUAAUCCGGACGACCAGCUGAAGGAGAGAGCCAGGAUCUUGCAGCUGCUUAAGGACUCCAAUCCGGAGUUCAGCGCCAAAAGGCGGAACUAUGCAAGUCCAGCCUCGCUCCCACGCAAUGACUUUCCCAUGAAACGGCCUUCACCCCCCAGCCGGGGGCCGCCCCCCGGAACGACUUGGUCCCAGGAGAGACACCGGCUGGCCAAGGAGAACCAGAAACUGCAAGAGGAGCACCAGCAAGUGAUGCAGGCCCAGAAGAGAUGGAGUCUGCCCUCCCCGUACACCAAGCUGGAACCUAUCGGCACUCGUCCACACAGCAGCGAGGAGCAUUGGAAGGAGGACCUGGCCAAUUUCGUCCUGAAAACCCAGGACCAGCUACCGGCGAUGAUAGCCAACCUGCAGAAGAUGAAGGAGGAGCUUGAGAGGGAAAAGAAGGAGGUGGUGAACCGCGACUUUCUGCUGGCUGCACCGAAAUCCUACAAGCCGUGGCAGAUGGCCGAUUAUUACCUGGUGAGGGAUUUUCUGCUAGAUCUCGUGGAUGACGCUGUGGAGAUUAGCGAGAGCAAACCCAAACCCCAGCCGUUGGAAGAAAAGCUUGAACAGCAAGUUGCCGUGGCGACUGAGCGGGAAGUGGAGGCGGCUCGGCAACAGCAGAGUCAAGAAAGAGCGCUGCAGUUGCUGGCUGAGGAGCUCGUCUUAGAGACGACCAAUGCUGUCUCAAGGCAAACAGCCGAAGAGUAUCUAAGUACUGAGCACUAUGCACUGAGCCUAAAACGACAACUCGUCAUGCAGUCAGCAGAGGCUGCAGCCACAGGGAAUCCAUCAGGCAGAGCUGAAGAGGACCCGGCCUACGACCUUGUUACCUCCACCUACGAACAGAUGACUAAAGACAGAAAUAUGAAUAGGAAGGACAUCUGGGCUCACAGCCAGAGACUUCACCUCCAACCGACGGUGUCCAACCCAGAGCAGGACGUGGUUGUAGAGAGUCUGGCUCCCGACGAUGCAGUCCGAUUGAACCUGCUGCAUCUUCCUGUCAGGGUGGGCCGGCCACCCGACCCGCAGAGCCCUGAAAUGAAGCAGUUCAAAGAUCAGGAGAGUGCCUACUGGAAGCUGUUUGCCGUAGAGCAAGUGUCUGUCUCUCUAGCCAAGAAGGUGCAAGGCGUCGUGACUGCUGUGAUGUCCCCACACCAGAGAUAUCUGGCACUGGGAUGUCUCAGAGGCGAUGUAUUGGUUUACAACGUGAGCACCGGCCAACCUUUGCCCAUCCGCUGUAUUCAGAACGAGAGUGCCCAAACUGAUGCCGUCAUACACAUAGCGUGGAGUCUGGACAGCAGCCGGUUAAUCACCGUCAAUGAAACGGGCAUCCUCCAAGUCUGGUCCAUGUCUUCCGGUGGCGUGUCGCAGAAGGACGUCAGGGACUUGGAGGUGAAGACCCAGACGGGGCUGCCCGCACCUUCGCAGCUGACCCAACUCUUGGCCCUGGACGCCGACCGGUCGGACUUCAACUUCAAAGAAGGGCCCCUGAAAGAGACCGGUGCCCAGACGUCUGCAGUCAGUCCCAAAAUGGCCGUCUUCCAUCCAACUCACACCUUGCUUGCCACACAGAAUACUGUUGUCAUUGGUCUCGAGAACGGUGACAUCCUGAAAUGCAACGUCAGCGCCUCUCCCGACGCUGUCCAGCAACAGAUGGCGACAGCUUCCCACUCUGUGGUGACUCUAGAUACACAGGCGAAUUACAUUGGUGAAAACGUCCCAGUGGAGCUGUGCCGCUGCCAUAAGUCUGCCCUCAUCUUUCUGGGCUUCGCGAGUUCCCAUGGCAACAUGGUUUCCAUGGAUACUAGCGGUUUGAUCUGUGAAUGGCAUUGCAGCAGGGAAACGUUCAGCCAUUUUGGCUGGUUCCAGCCGAGUGCCAAGUACCAGUUAGAAUUGGCCGAGGGAGUGUAUGCACCUAGACCAGAUGAUGCCCCAAAGGUCCAUUUUAACGAUACCGACCUCGCCGAGAAGAAGAUGAGCCGACAGGAGAGACUGGCGGCGAGGGAGAAAGCUCAGCAGCGACUGGACAAGCUACCCAUGGGCAUCCUGUGGCACCAAGAAAUGAACACAAGCUCCACAUUGCUCCAGAUUUACCGGCCUGAGGAAGUGCAAGAGGCGGGUAGUGUCUUCCACGGGAUUGUCCGACACGCCACCAUGGACCAGCUACUCAAGCAUUACACCUACUACUGCCAGCCUGCCAAGAAUUUCUGCAGCCGUGUUCUACAGGUCUGUCAGUCAGCCAGUGGCAGAACGCUUGUACUCAUGCUUUUAUUCCCCGCAUUUUCCCCCAAAGGCCCGCAUAUCACUUUUGUGUCCCUGAACCUGAAGGAGAUGAGCAUCGAUGACAUGCGCAUCGAUGUGAGCCUCAGCGAGGACGAAUACGACUGGUGCUUGAAUGAUGACAUCUGCAGCUUUGGGCUGACUCCAGUCGUAGCUGCCACUGGUACCCCGUACCUGAUUGCUGGCAUCCUGGGCACAGUGCAUGUCUUCUCCAUGGAGACUGCCUCCGAGGUCAUGUCAGCCGGCAUGGAAGCCCUGGGCGGAUCCAAGGCCAAGAAGUUGGCUGAGAGGUUGUCUUUGUCGGUAUCCACUUCCAUGGGAAACAUAAACAUCUUGAGUUACGCAGCGAAGCACAACUCAGUUGACAUGCUGCAGUUGGUGGACAAGAACUUGGUGAAGCCGAGACGACGCGUCUAUGAGUCUUACUUGAAUUGGAAAGGAAGGAAAUCCGACGUCCCACCAGAGCAGCAGCACCGCCACCGGGUCUGGACGAUGGACAAUGACACGGACCGCAAUGUGGAACUCUACGCCCGCAGGCUGGUGCUGCAGCUGGCCGACAUUGCGGUCUACAUGUCGGAACGCUUGAACGUGGACGCCAACCGACUCAAGCAGUUCUGGAAGGAGGACAAGAUCAACGCCGAAAGUGACCUGCUGCAGAGGAUAUUGGACCGGAGGAGAGGGAAUUCAACUGCUGUAAGUGACGCAUGUGAGUGAGGAACUGCUGCUCUGUCACAGCACUGCACCGGCCUGGAGAUGACUGGCUCAGAGCCUCAUAUUGAGAUAUCAGCAAUCGACAAACUAUGGGAGUUAUAUGUGUUGUGAUUUGCUUCUACUCAAGUUUGUAAAAGAGCAGCUGAAUGGACCUUGUUCCCUCAAAAUGAGGAAUAAGUUACUCAGGUUGUUGUCCCGGAAACAACAGCCACUGGCAUUUGCCUCUUUGCGUAGCUAUACUGGGUUACCGGCCAAAGUGUGUGCAGUGUGUGUUUUGCUCGUGACCGGCUCUCGGCUGUUUUUCCUUAGUGCGAAAACAAAGGCCCUUGCAAUAGUUCUCUUGGAGCCGCUGGCUAGCAGCUACAAUCACUUCUCACAGACCUCGUCUGAAACAGGCUUCCAGAGCUACGGUUGUUGUCAGCACGUCCCUUCAAAUUUCAAAUACGUUGCUUGUAACAAGUGGUCGGAAGACACUUUCACAGGAUCACUUGGGAGUAUGACCAUAUUGGGACAGGCUAUUUAUGUCACACGCCCAGCGCUCUGUGGUGCGUGGUUCUGGCUGUGUGUUUUGGUCUGGCAGCAAAAGGAACCCCAUCUUUAUCCAGAACGCCAUGCUUGUGCCAGCUUUUCGUCAUCCUCACAUACGGUACCUUGAAACAACCACAGUCAGUCACGCAGUUCGUUGGCCUGACAUAAGCCCGGGCAAAAUGCCACAAUUCUUGUCCACUUUAACUCUGAAUAUCUGAGUUGGCACCAAGGAAUUUCUUAUCGCAUCCGUAAGAGUGAGGUUUAGAACAUGUGCAUGUAGGUGAUAUUUGAACUGUACAUUUGUUUCGUGCAGACAAUCAGAUUUUUGAAAUUGCAACAUUUCAGUUGCUGUUUUCUGCUUCAUAUAUUCCAGCGCUUAUUAGGAUAGCAUGCCGUCCUAUGAAAACUCCCACAAUUCUUUGCGGCCUGCAAGAAAGACCUUCAUGAUUGGCCAGAAUUCUGCCCUGUAUGUGUAAUGAAACAGCCUUUCCUCAUAUGGUUAUACUCCUGACUGUUAAUACAUGAUGACACUGCAGGGAAAGUAUCGCUCACAUCAUGACUGGUUCCCACCUGUUACGUUUUGAAGUCUAGAUUGUAAUGAUGUUGUCAGGAACCAGCCUAGUAUAAAAAGGCUUUGAUGGAUGGACAGCAAAUGCAAACCAGGGAAAGAGAAGUUGGCCCGCUUCGGUUGCCGUCAUUGCUAGACUAUGAAGUGAAUUGCGCCCUCUUUAGUGCUACACAAAGUCAAUACACCCUCACUUGUGUGGGGGUGCACUAUCCCAAUUCAAGGAAAAUUCUCCGCCAGGCCGAGGUGCUUAAAAAGUACCCCUACAAAUUUUCUGAAAAGAGGGGUUGUGUGGGCCAAGAAAUUGUAGGAUUGUGUCAGUAUGGCCCAGGAUCAUCUCUGUAGAUUCAGGGACACCCAUCUGGGGCAAAGCAGGCAAAAAUUUUAUUUAAAAUUUGUCAGAAGAGCUUGAGAAAGGUGAGGAAUUUAUUUGAAAAAUGGCUGUUGAGAAGA